AUGACCGAAUACGAUGCCGUGGAAGAAUACUAUCCAGAAGAUCCAAGUCUGCUCAUACGGAGCAAAAUCAACUUCCACCUCGCCGCCAGAGAUAUUGAACUCCUGCAAGGCCACUUCCUGAGAGCCUACGUUUCCUGGGAUGGGGACUGGAAGCAGGUGACGCUUGACCUGGACCUGUACAUCGGGAGUAGCAGCGAGGGCCGCCUUGUCUGGGGUGCCAAGGAUUUCUCUUGGUCAUGCACAAAGAUUGAACUAGCCAAAGAUAUCCAUGGCUGGUGUCCCACGCUUUAUGCAACCUCCCUGGAUUCUCGUGGUCGGGCCCUGCGCAGCGCUCUCAACCUAGCCCAGUGCAUUGGUAUAGAGAACGGUACCCUUGCUUGCUCUCCCGACGUGCGAUUUGAGGUAGAGCCAGUGGUCAAUGAACGACAUGCGAUCCUCUAUUUUCAAGUGCGAUCUUAG